UACAUAUAUAACGGACACUUGUAAGAAUUUUCAUUACUCGGGACUUUGUCUCCCCUGCCCGAUCGAAGUUGGGUACGGACGAAGAAGUCUCACUGGACCUCUCUCUCAAACGAACCGAAAAGUCAACUAAAAUCAUCUGAUCAAACCCAAUUCAAUCCCACUAUGGAUCAAAUUCACCCCAACAAUCCAUGACCAUCCCUCUCUCCAAACUAGGGCUAAUACAACUAUCCACAUCCAUCAACGACGAUGUUAGCUCGCAAUUUCUGGAAGUUGCUAAAGAUAUUAUGCUUUCUAGGGUUAGGGUUAGGGUUUGGUCUCGACUUCGGGUACGCUCUGAAGGUCCCCUUUAGGGUUAAGGAUGUCCUUCCGGUUCUUCCACGGCAGAUAUCGUGGCCUGUGCUCAACAAUCUUCACAGCCCUACUGAUUUGUUGCCGUCCUUCGUUGGAACGGUGACUCCCAACAAUGGGUCGAUUCAGUGGAAAGGGGCUUGCUUUUAUGGCAACGAAGCUCGAUUCGAGUUGACUGAAGGCGAUGAUCGAGGUCUCGGGGGUGGUAUUAUUUAUCUCACGACAAAUGCAGCUCACAGCUGGACCUGUAUGGAUCUAUAUGUUUUUGCAACACCCUAUAGGAUUACUUGGGAUUACUACUUCUCUGCCCGAGAUCAUACGUUGAAAAUUGAAUCAUGGGAGGAACCUGCAGAGUUGGAAUAUGUAAAGCAGCACGGAAUCUCUGUAUUUCUUAUGCCAUCGGGAAUGCUAGGGACCCUGCUUUCCUUAGUAGAUGUCUUGCCCUUGUUCUCUAACACCGGUUGGGGUCAGAAUGCUAACAUAGCAUUUCUGAAGAAUCAUAUGGGUGCAUCAUUCGAAAAGCGUCCUCAGCCUUGGCUUACAACUAUCAAUCCGGAUGAUGUUCAUUCUGGUGAUUUUUUAGCAGUGUCAAAGAUACGUGGUCGGUGGGGUGGAUUUGAAACAUUGGAGAAGUGGGUAACAGGUGCAUUUGCUGGUCACACUGCAGUCUGUUUGAAGGAUGAUUAUGGUAAACUUUGGGUUGGUGAAUCAGGACACGAGAAUGAAAAGGGUGAAGAAAUUAUUGUGGUAAUUCCAUGGGAUGAAUGGUGGGAAUUGACCCUUAAGGAUAGUUCUAAUCCUCAAGUAGCAUUGUUGCCUUUACAUCCGGAAGUGCGUGCUAAAUUUAAUUCUACUGCAGCAUGGGAAUAUGCUCGAAGCAUGUCAGGCAAGCCAUAUGGUUACCACAACAUGAUUUUUAGUUGGAUUGACACCAUUGGUGACAACUAUCCCCCACCUCUUGAUGCUCACUUGGUUAUUUCUGUCAUGUCUAUGUGGACUAGAGUGCAGCCAGCAUAUGCUGCAAAUAUGUGGAAUGAAGCUCUAAAUAAGCGGCUUGGUACUGAGGAUUUGGAUUUGUAUGGAAUUCUAGCUGAGACUGAAAGGCGUGGUCUCACCUUUGAUCAAAUACUUACAAUUCCCGAACAAGAUGAAUGGGUAUACAGUGAUGGGAAAUCAACAACAUGCGUUGCCUUUAUUUUGGAAAUGUAUAAAGAGGCUGGAGUAUUUGGUCCUAUUUCCAACUCAAUUCAAGUAACUGAGUUCACUAUUCGAGAUGCAUACAUGCUGAAGAUUUUUGAGAAUAACCUAACACGCCUGCCAAGUUGGUGCGGCAUUGAGGGUGGUGAGCUCAAGUUCUGCCAGAUUCUCGGUGAGUAUAGAAUGGAGUUGCCGCAGUAUAACACCCUAGAGCCAUAUGCCAACAUGAAUGAGAAUUGCCCCUCUCUACCUCCAAGUUAUGAGAGGCCUCAUCGUUGUUAAUUCUGGAGGCUUCAUCUUAGUAUAUCAAUAUAUUUCAAUGAAUGUAAUGCUGUUAGUGAAGCUUGUAUUAUGUCAUUUUCUAAGCUGCAAGGAUAUAUUUUUGUUAUUCGCUGAAGCACUAUGUUCUCUUUUUCAAGUAUUCCACUUGAAAUACGAAAUAUUAGUAUCUGUAAA